AUGCAAAGUUCAGAUAUUCACUGGUUUAAAUUACGCUUUCUAUUGAAGACAAAGAAAAGUAUGGUUGAAAGCUUGGCUGUAGAGAUGAACAAAAUGUUUAACUUCAAGAUUUAUCAUUCAUGCAUGAGCCAAAUGGCUACAUUAGCAUUAACAUCAGGCUUUUUUUGUUUGCUACAAGAUUGUCACCGAGUUUAUUGUUUACUGAAAUAUACCUACUCUGACAAAAAGAAAGAACAUAAAAAUGAUUGCGUUUACCCGUUUUGGAGCUAUAUGGCUCCGUUAGAGUAUGCGUGCUCGAUCUGCAUUGAAUCCAUUGUUGCAGUGGAAACGGGGGUAAAACUAUCUGCUCCAACAUUGAGGGAACAGAGUGAAUAUUUUCUGCUUGAAGCCAGUGCGUUUGCCGUUCAUCCUGCUUCGCACGAUCUUGAGGUAUACAUUGUUAAGACACUGGAUAAGAAGAUAAUCAACGAUGAUUUUAAGAGGGCUAAUAAAGAGAUUCGAGUCGAGUGUGAAAAUAUGAACUUUGAGUUAAUUGUUAUAUGGUUGGAUGUAUCAUCCGUCAAUAAAUCCUUUUUCCUUUACUUAACAUCAAUGAAUAUUUUCUAUGGAAUGUCCCAUCCUACUUCGAGCUCUUCUUUUCCCACACGUAAUAUGGUUAUAUUGAUAACCCGUAUUCAUACAUGUCCUACCCACAACAGAGAAUUUAAUUCUUAUCAAGAUUUGAGGAAUCAUCGCAGAAUCCUUUCUGUAAAGAAUCCUGCUGAUACCAAUGAGGAUGUCGAAGGAUCUUUAUUUGCUAGCAACAAUUACUCAUUGACUUACUCUCCUAUGGAUCUUUCCAACAUCGUUGAUGAGAACGGAAUUUCUCAGACGGGAUACAGAGAGCUGGUAAGUUUGGUUAAUACGGUUGUUAAAGACCACGAUCAAAUAUUGGAAGAGCCACGUGCCAGAAUAUCCCACGGUGAUGUUAUCAAUGCAUUAGUUAUGUCCAAGUUGACUAUUUGCGAUCAUAAGUAUGAUACUUGUAGAACUGUUGCAAGAUCUUUCCAAUUGACCGUGAUGAGAUAA